AUUCCACUCAAUUUCUGACAACAAACAGGCAAGACCGGUUUGAUGAAAAAGGCAUCAAAUUCUAUUCUCUGAUUCGCACUGUCACACCAAAACUCAAAAGUUUUUUCAUGCAGUUUUCUUCACUCAUCGCUUCGUAAUCAAUCAGGACUCACCAAUGGAAUAAAAAAUCCACUUUUCGCAACAUGGGAAAGCCAAAUUCAGGAUCAAUGAUUGGUAACAACCAGUUUCAGUUUCAAAGAAUUCGUAUACCUGGAGAUGGAAGGUGCUUGUUCCGGUCAGUAAUUCAGGGCUUCUGGUUGAGAGCAGGGAAGCAAUUACCGAGCGACAGCUUUGAAAAGGAUCUUGCAGAUGAGCUCAGAAAUAAAGUAGCAGACGAAUUUGUUAAGAGAAGGGCAGACACUGAAUGGUUUGUUGAAGGUGACUUUGACACAUAUGUUGUACAGAUGCGGCAGCCACACAUUUGGGGAGGCGAGCCUGAGCUACUAAUGGCUUCUCAUGUGCUCAAGAUGCCAAUAACAGUUUACAUGAGAGACAAAACUUUUGGUGCACUGAAAAUUAUAGCUGAAUAUGGCCAAGAAUAUGGCAAAGAGAACCCAAUUCGUGUCCUGUAUCAUGGCUAUGGACACUAUGAUGUGCUGCGCAAUCCAGGCGGUGGCACUCCAUCCAAGCAGAGCAAGAAAAGAUGGUGAAGCUGCAAAGGCAUAUCCAGAUUCAGGAACUAUGUGAAUGUUAAGAUUAGUCUUUGGUAUUUGUAGUUAAUUAUGUUGAUGGAUUUACAAAUAAAAAUGGAAAUUGACCAA